AUGGCAAACCUCUCGCCACAGCCAACAGGGACCAGCACCCACCUUCAAUCCAGAAAUCCAUUCUUGGGCCUCAUAACUCCUCAGUCAACCGGUCCUGUAGCUUCUCCUCCAACGACGAGCCCGUCAUCGCGGCCAGAAAAUGCCACAGCUCCUACGACAUCCACUGACGUCCCUCGACUGCCACCUCGAAUAAUCAGGAGCGACACAAGUGGAACAGGAAUAUUAAAUUCGACUCCAACUCCUCAAGAGGAACAACCAAACGAAGCAGUGGCCAGCCCGACGCGCUUCGCACCCCCGACAGCACCACCACCCUCUCUACCCCCUAGGACACCCUCAUCUAAUCCUCCUGCAAACCAAGAACGACAUUCGCCACCGAGAUCGUCAACGCUAGACAUCCUCCAAGAGGAUCUGCCACCAGCGUACACACCCGGACCGAGUACAAACCUCGGAGAACAGAGCGUCGAAUUUGGUCCACUCAGACCAUUCCAGAAUGAGACUCCAAAUCCCAAUCUUCGUCGUCCACAACAUGGCUCGCCAUUUGGAAUCGCGCCAGGUGCCCAGUAUAUACGCAGUCAACGGACUGGGCCCACUCUUGGUCAAGCCCUCGGAGAAUUGCUCGUAGCACUUACGACGCCUAGAGAGGAACCGCGUCGAACCCCGGGAUCCGGCCAUCGUCCAAGUUCAUUCCCUGGAGGGAGCUUUCAAGGUCCACCAUUCGGACCUCCAAGGCCUAAUAAUUCAUCACAGCCUUCACGACAAGGUUGGUCGCAGUACCCCGGGAUGCCUAUCCGUGCAACCACCCCGGAAGCACAAACACCCCCGCCCAACGAUGGAAAGCCGACUGCUCGACCAAGUCCUGGUCAUCCACUUUUAAGAGACAACCAUGUUCUUGUGUAUCCACUGGGUUACGAGUGCCAUAAAUGCUUCAAUCGAGGGUUCAAACCCGUUCACGCAUCAACAUUCGAUUCUACACCGCGCGCAUUAGCCGCUGGAGAUCCCUCUGAUCCCUGCCGCAAAUGCUGGCGACAUUACUCUCGCCCUUAUACAGCCGCUCUCGCCCAACUCGAUUGGAACAACCCAGUGGAAACAAACUUUCAACGGCCCAUCUCCGAUUUCACACAAGGUGGACCACCGCCUUCCCGGCAUCUGGCACCCCAGGCUACUGGAGGUCCUCCAUCUACACAACCAUAUCUCUCGCCUCGGUCUCCUCCAGGUGGUUACCCAGGCAAUAGCGCACAGCGAUCACCUGCGCGUGCCAUCUCCGGUCCAAGUCGACCUCCACCUCAAUGGGCAAAUACGACACCUUCAGGUAGACGUGUCGUUUAUGAGCCUGGAGAUCCAAGAAUCGGCGGGAGGCUCUGCGUUCGUUGUCAUGGCUCAGGCAGGGUUCGCGUUUUUAUCCUGGAUAGCGAGGUCUGCUCAAUGUGUGGUGGCAUCGGUAGAGUGUUUUAA